AGUGAGACUCCAGAUCUGAGGACUUCAGCAAGAGAAACAUGGAGCUGAUCACCAGAACUCUGCUUCUGGGUCUGGCACUUUCCCUCACUAAUGCAGCACCUGCGCAUCAAGACGAGCCAGCACCAGAAGAUGGAGAUGCUGCUCUACCAGACCGGUGUGAAGGAAUUGAGUUUGACGCUAUCACUCUUGAUGAGAGUGGAAAAAACCCCUUCUUCUUCAAAGAGGGCCACCUGUGGAAUGGUUUCUAUGGUCCAGCUAAACCCUCAACGAUGUUCUUCAAGGAGCUAGAUGAACACCACCACCUCGGCCAUGUCGAUGCUGCUUUUCGGAUGCACAACCCAGCGAAACAAGAUGCCCACGAUCACAUCUUCCUCUUCCUGGAUGACCACGUGUUCAGCUAUUACAACCACACUCUGGAGACCGGAUAUCCAAAAACUAUCCAGGAGGAUUUUCCUGGAGUCCCCACACAUCUAGAUGCUGCUGUGGAGUGUCCUCAAGGAGAGUGCAUUACCGACUCUGUUCUGUUCUUCAAAGGGCAAGAUGUGUAUGUUUAUGAUAUAGUCACAAAGACAGUGAAGACCAAGACGUGGCCCCACCUGCCUCUCUGCACCUCUGCUUUCCGCUGGGCAGAACACUACUACUGUUUCCAUGGACACAACUUCACCAGGUUCAACCCAGUAUCAGGAGAAGUUAGCGGCACGUACCCAAAGGAUGCCCGCAAUUACUUCAUGAAGUGCGAAAACUUUGGUCACGGAGGUGAUCACAAGGCUCCUAAAUGCAGCGAAGUCAAACUAGAUGCCAUUACUACAGAUGACAGAGGCAGAAUUUAUUUAUUUACAGGGCUUAACUACAUGCGUGUGGACAACAGGCGUAACGGCCUUCACGCCUUUCCAAUAACCAGGGGAUGGAAAGAAGUGACAAACGGGGUGGAUGCCGUUUUCUCCUACACCAACAAAAUGUACCUGAUUAAGGAUGAUCAGGUUUACAUCUAUAAAACUGAUGCCCACUACGUCCUAAUUGAAGGCUACCCUAAAUCCCUCAGGGAGGAAUUAGGCGUUGAAGGAACCGUGGAUGCCGCUUUCCUCUGUCCCAAUGAACACACAGUUCAUAUACUCCAAGGACACAUGAUUCGUGACGUUGACCUCACUGCCACGCCCAGGGUCAUCAACCGAGAAAUACCUUUGCCCUUGCCUGAUAUUGAUGCUGGUCUCUGUGGUCCAGAUGGCAUUAAAGUGUUCAAGGGUUCACAGUAUUACCUCUAUGAAAGUCCCAUGAUAUUGGCUACAAGCAGGAUCGCUCCUGUUCCUCGAAACAUCACGUCAGGAAUGAUAGGGUGUGAGGAUUAAUCAGAAAAAGAAAAAUGAGGAAGAAACCUUAAUAAUAAUUUACUGGCAAGUCAGUUUUUGGACGUGAAGACUCCAGCGAAAGCUAAAGUAAUAGGGAACAGCUUUAUUAG